AUGGGGAUAUCCGGCGCGCAGAAAAGGAAGAAGAAAAAGGAGAAAGAAGAGCUCGCUUUGGACGUGGAGCGGUUGAAACUCGGACCGAGCAAGUUAUGGACCGGGUUGGUCGUGCAUCACAAGGAUGUGUUCGUCUCGCACGUGAUUCCGAAAUUGAACGGGAUGGACCGGUAUUUCUUAUCAAAGGUGAAUACAGAGAGUCAAGAUGCGCUUAAAUACGCCGGGGUAAAAGUAUCGAAAUUCGGUGAUAAUGUUCAAGAAUGUUCAUCGAUUUCGACGUUGGAAUUGGUGUGGAAUCACUUUCCCUUCGGAUGUGAAGAUGAGGAAGGAAACGUGAUAGAUCAAGCCUUGUUUUGCUUGGGAGUUUCUUUUACGAACAAACUCGAGUUUCUCAAGUGGGCGAGAGAAGUGAAACGUUGCGAGUGGGAUGAAGAGACGAUUAAAGUGGCAGCAGCUAGAGGCAAUCUCGAGAUGUUGAAAUACUGUUUCUCUAAUGGUUGCCCUUGUGAUAAAAAAGAGGUGUGUGAACAAGCUGCUUAUGGAGGACACCUCGACUGUCUUCGAUUUCUUUUGGACAAAGUGAACCCUUCGCGAAAGACGGAAGAAGAUGCGGCACAUCAGGCAGCAGAAAAGGGUCACGUGGACAUCGUGAAAUAUCUCAUUGAAAGAAGAAAAAUAUCUGAUAAGGUAAAGGAACACUGCAUGUUAAUCGCUACAUGGUAUGGCCAACUUGAUUGUCUCAAAUACUUAGUCGAAGAGGCCAAAAUGCCUCUUAACAACCGUAAACACAUCGCUUGCGCUCGGUAUUACAAGCACACCGACUGCGAAAACUACUUGCUCGAAAAAGGGUCUCCAGAACCAACGGACGAAGAAUACGCUGCCGUUGUCCAAUUUAUCAAAAGAACGAAGAAAAGCAGCACGUAG